UCGUAUUAAAAUUUGUGAAAUAAAAGUCCUUAACACAAAUCUACUGUACUGAAGUGGAGGUACAGUAACAAAAAACUGACUCCCUCUGUUAUUUACGUUGAAGUAAUGUGUUCAACUAACUCGAUACUUGAAACCACAACCACUGCAGCCAAUCAUGUUCUUCAAAGUGGCACUGAUGAACCAAUCAGACCUGACAGAUGUGGCGGAAGGUAGGACAAGCUGGUGUUGGUGAAUCUGUCAAGUCCGCUGUGGCUUCAGUAGGUCAGAACCGCUGUGAAGAGGAAGCAAGAUUAGAAAAUCAGACAAGAUGAUUUUGCUCUUUGCAAACGUUUUCCUGCUCUGGUCUUCGUGUAAGUAACAAAAAUCCACUCGUGGAAUCAUAUUCUUCAUGCAGAAAGUUGAUUAUAUUCUGUUCAUUUCAGGUGUGGCAGAGUUAAAUGAAGUCUCUCAGCCUGUUUCUGUACAAACACUGAACCUUGGAGACUCAGCGACUAUCCAGUGUUACAUAAAAAGUCUUAUGACAAAAAGAGUUUGGUACAAGCUGACUACUGAGAGGAAACUACAGCUUGUGGCAAAAUUUGAUUCUCACUAUCGCCACAGUGUACUUUCUAAUGAAUUUGAUUGGCGUUAUUCAGUAGACUUUGACAAAGUCGACAGUCAUCUGAGCAUCACUGCAACAUCAUGGGAGGAUGUUGGGACAUACUUUUGUGGAGUAAUGCAUUUAAAGGAUAUUCAGUUUGGUUCAGGAACCUUUUUGAUGCUGAAAGUCAUUUGGUAUCUUUUCCAAGGUGCAAAGAUGAGCAGUGACUCUGUCGUCCAGCAGUCAGAGUCUGAAUCAGUUCAGUCAGAAGACUCUAUAUUGUCUGGCAAUGGAACCAAGCUCAUCUUUCAUGAUGGAAUGGAGUUUGAUGCCGUUCCCAACACAAUACUUUUGGUGCUCAUCAUCUCCCUGAGUCUGGCUUUCGUACUGUGCUUCAUGUCCUGGACAAAGUGCUGCGACGGUACAGAGUCUCGGGGAGGAUUUUCAGCUUCCACCACAACCAGCGCAGAGAACCACGAUGGGGAACAUCUCAAGAUCAAGGAGAUGAAAAGUCAGAGAGAUGACACCUGGAGUGAAUGCAUGUACUUGAGUGUAAAGAAGUACAAAUGAUGUGUUUCAACUUUGUUUUUGCAUCACAAGACAUCAUCUUAUUUGUGUUUCUCUGUUUUUAGCAUUGCUUCAUCUAAAUGUGAUCAAUGUACAGUCUUACCCUGCAAUAAACCCAAUAAAUGAGCUUUUCCAAGA